GGUCGUAUGCUUGUUCAUAUCAGUUACCAUCAGUUACAACAACAUUGGCAACCGCAAUUGUUAUUGUGGCAAACUGGCGCUAUUGACAGUUCUCCUCUGAUGAUGCUAACAGAUUCAUGCUGAUGAGGCCAUGAGCAGAGGAUGGUAUUGUGUUGUUUGUUAUCACAUUGACAGUUUAUUUAGUUGAAGAACCCAAGUCGACCAUAAAAAUGGCAAGGAUCAUGUGUUUCGUUGCCCUUAUUGGGCUUUUUAUUCUCUGCAAGACAAUCCCAAGUUUAGGCACUGCAAAUGAAAGGGAAAACGGUAGGAACGAGUUCUAUAGGAGCAACUCGGAUGGAGAUGUGACACUGGAAGACGAACAAGAGGACCAUACUAUUGAGGAGGAGCUUCAAAAGCUCGGCCAUCUGCAUGGAUAUUUUAAAAGCAAUGAAGCUCACCACGGUGAAACAGAGAAAACAUUUAAACAGUCGCAGUCAUCGGCCGUGAUCCCGACUAUGGAGGACAAAGAGAUCAUUCUGGUGUCCACCCUCACCGGUCGGCUGCACGCACUCAGACGUGUCAGCGGGGAGGUCCUGUGGACACUGGACCGGGGCCCGACCGUGCGCGCACCGGAGCCCAACAAACAGCCAGAGACGGCUGCAUUUCUGCCGGACCCCAGUGACGGAAGUCUGUACAUGCUGGGAGGGCCCGGCCGGGACACACUCAGAAAAUUACCGUUCACCGUGCCAGAACUGGUGUCCGCCGCGCCCUGCCGGAGCUCGGACGGACUACUCUAUACCGGGAAAAAGGUGGACGGGUGGAUGGCGCUCGACUGGAUGACGGGCCAGAUACAAGAGGAGCUGACCUCCGAGGGCAGCAGCCGCUCCUGUCCGGUCAACAGCCCCCAGACUGUGUUCAUCGGACGCACAGAGUACACCGUGUCCAUGCACGACAGCAAGUCGAGCGGCCGCCGCUGGAACCUGACCUACACCCAGUUCUCGGCGCUCGAAAUGCCGCCAGAACUCCGCGAAAAAUACCCGAUGAAUCAUUUCACCACGACCUCCUCGGGCCGAUUGAUGGCCUUCAGUAGGGACACCGGCACACAUCUCUGGCAGACCGACUUGGACUCGCCCGUGGUGGGGGUGUACGCCCUGGCGUUCGACGGCCUAUACCUGGUCCCGCACACCACCGUGGCUACUGAGACGAUGCGCGCGCUCACACACGAUGUUGUGGAGGCUAGGGAGCUCGUACCAACGCUGUACAUCGGCGAGCACAAGCACGGACUGUACGCGCUGCCGUCAUUGGUCGACUCGUCCACCGUGCACGUCAUCACCAGCCAAUCACGGCGGCCGCUGAUCGACGGACCGCGCGAGCCCGGCCAAUCAGCGGACGCCAACGGCGGCAGUAGCCAAUCAGGGAGCUACUUUAAACUGCAUGACGAAACGGAGACACCUAAACAGCUGCAGAUCGGUUUCUAUGACGUGCCGAACGUGAGUCGCUCGGAGCAGCUGACCCCUCUGAACCCCGGCCCGGGGGAGCGUAGCCGGCCCGGCGCGGAGAGCCCGAGUCAGGGCGCCCGACCCAACACCUACCUACCGCACGCCUGGACCGAGGCGGCCACACAGACGGAGCCGCAGCCGGCCAGGGGGUGGCGCUGGCUCUGGACGCAGGUGCGCACGCUGAACACGACGUUCCUACUCUCACCACCCGAGUGGGCCUCUCUGCUGGACGACACUCUCUCGUCUUCCUCCGCCGGCGGAGGAGCGGAACGGGCCUGGUUUGUGGUGGCCGUCCUGGCGCUGGCCGCACUACUGGUUACGCUGCUGAGAUGGAAGGACCAGACGCGCACUCCGCCCUCCUGGCCGUCCGGGCCCGGCUCUGGCUCCGCCCUCGGCUCACGAGGCAGCAGUGGCUCGCGCAGCUCACAGCGCCAGGCCACAGCCGAGUGCGAACAGCUGGACGGCGGAGUGGUGCGAGUGGGGAAGAUCAGCUUUGACUCGGAGGAGUGCAUCGGAAAAGGCUGCGAGGGCACAUUUGUGUACAAGGGCUGGUUUGACGGUCGGGACGUGGCCGUAAAGCGUCUCCUGCCCGACUGUUUCACGUUUGCCGACCGCGAGGUGGCGCUUCUGAGGGAGUCUGACCAGCACCCGAACGUCAUAAGGUAUUUUUGUAUGGAGCAGGACCGCCAGUUCCGCUACAUCGCUCUGGAGCUGUGCAUUGCCAACGUGCAGGACUACGUGCUGGGUCGCUACGGCGGUCCCGAGAUCUCCGGGAUCGAGGUGCUCAAACAGGCCACUGCUGGCCUCAAACAUCUGCAUCAUCUCAAUAUAGUUCACCGCGACAUAAAGCCGCACAACGUCCUGCUGGCUGCACGGAGCAGCGGCGGCGCCGUGGCCAUGAUCUCAGACUUUGGUCUGUGCAAGAAACUGUCCCGCGGACGGGCGUCGUUCUCUCGACGAUCAGGCGUGGCAGGCACCGAGGGAUGGAUCGCUCCGGAGAUGGCCGAUGGAGAGGGUAGAGCGACGUGCGCGGUGGACGUGUUCUCGCUGGGCUGUGUGUUCUACUAUGUGCUCAGCGGAGGACACCAUCCGUUCGGCGAGUCUUUCCGCCGACAGUACAACAUCCUCAGCGGCGAGUUCUGUCUCUCGGCUGUGGACGACAUUACGGCAACAUCUCUGAUACGCCGGAUGGUCUCCGCCGAGCCGGACCAGCGGCCCACGGUGGCUGCAGUGCUGUCCCACCCGACCUUCUGGUCGCCGCAGGGCGUGCUGCACUUCUUCCAGGACGUGUCGGACCGUAUCGAGAAGGAGCUGCCGGACGCCGAGCUGGUCCGCCGGCUAGAGCGGCGAGGCUGGGAGGUGACAGGCGGCAACUGGCGAGAGAGGAUAGACUCGUUUAUACUGGACGACCUCGGCAAGUUCCGCUCGUACCGGCCCUCCAGUGUGAGGGACCUGCUGAGAGCGCUGAGGAAUAAGCGGAACCACUACCGUGAGCUGAACGAAGAGGCGCGCCGGGCGCUGGGCACAAUCCCUGAGGAAUUUGUCCGCUACUGGACGUCACGGUUCCCGCGCCUGCUGGCUCACGUGUGGUCGGCGGCUCAGGAGGUCCGCGAUGAACCCAUCUUCAGCCGGUACUACUGUGACCAGUACGACUGGACCCUGGAGCCGGACCCGUCGGCCGUUCCGCCGUGGCGGCGCAGCCCGGCACCGGGCGGCUCGCCCAGUCAGUCGCCCUCACCGCGGCGCCGCGGCGCGGGCCGGCGGGGCGGGGGACGCGGCGGGCGGACCCCCGACAGCGCCGUCAGGGAGGAGCGCGGUCCGAUGCUGGUCGGAUCACAGCCGGGCAUGUCGCUCAUUGGGGCGCUGCUGGAGAGCGAUGCCAGAGAAAAGUCGCCGGACGGCCGCGAGGCUCAGGGCGCCCAGUCGGACGAGGUGGGCGCCCGCGUCCGACAACGGCUCAUCGAUAUCGUCCAGGAGAGCGGCGUCGUAGUCGAAGAUGCCGCCAAUAUCGUCCGGCGGGCGUCCCGAACGGACCUGGCCGCCGACGGUGGCGCCACCUUUACUGAACCGGCCGCGACCGGUGGCGCCACCUAUACUGAGACGCCCCAAGAUGGCGGCGGCUUAUGGAUUCAAACGGGUAAAGUGAAGGAUUCCGAGGGACCGCGUUCUGGUGACGUCAUAGGACCGAAACCGGCAGCUGGCGGUGGAGUGGCGAGUGGUGACGUGACUAUGGACCCUUAGCUCGCCGAUGGUGCAGCGCUGGCGCCGAGUCUGUGUGCUUUCCUUUUGUCUUUAUAAUUGUCGCGUGACAAAGCGAGUGGCCAGCUUGCGGCGAGCGAGGCCGAGAACAUUACAUUUUGACCGGGGUUUGAAUAUGCAGCCAGUUGAAUUGGCUCAGUUUGGCAACUUGGACCAAAGUAUUGCUAGCCGAGCUUCGUCGAGUGCUUCAAGUGAUCAAUUUGACGAGCCUUUGUCUUGAAAGUGACAGGCGAUUGUCCGAAAUAUAGCGGGACACCUGUGUCAUGUCAGGCAGUGCUGAGUGUCAUCAUGGAUGUGUGACUGCCAUGUGUGGCCUAUAUGUAAUCUCAGAGGAAAGCGCGCGCGCCCGCGUUUUACCCGUGUCUUACCGCGCGAAACGGCGUGUUUCGCGCCGUUUGUGCGCUAGCUGUGGGAUUGUGCUCAUUUUUCUAUGACAUGGGUGAUGCAGUGGGAUUCUCUGCUCACAUUAUCAUCUAGCUAUCGGUCCUUUUUAGCUCCCUUUGCUGAUGCGACCUCCAUACCACUAUUAUUUGACAAUCGAUGUAUCCAAUAGAUAGAGUACGGCAAGUCUGCAGAGCCUGGUAUGCAUUCCACAACGAUGUACAAGUGUGCUGUUUUUAUCGAGGCGCGACGCGAGCCCUACCGUGUGACGAGUUAAGGCGGAUGUGAGAUGUUGGUGCCUUACAAAUAUUGGCGGAUUUCGGGAUUUUGCAUCUGCAAUGGCAUUGCUGCAGUAAAGCUGGUUUAGAGUGUUGUGUACUUGAACCUUAUGACUGCUAGUUGACGAGCGUUUGACACGUGGGUUGGCAGUUUCUAGAUCACACUUGCACUAUGAAUCGUACACAAGCCAUUGGUUUCAGGGUGGCGGUUACACUAAGUACUUAGUUGGUACGCCAGGCAGCCAAGUCGACUCUGCAAGGUAAGACAGAGUCGUUUUUGUGUGUAAAUUGCUGUGAAAUGUCACCAAAUAUUAUGUACCGGAGUAGGUUUGUUGCAUUUGUAAGCUGCCGCUGCCUGAUUUUUUUUCAUUGCGUCAGUAUCAAUCAUGAUCACAAAUUGCGUUCGCCUUCUGUGCAGGUAGGGUUCCCUAUUGUGGGCCGGCUCUAAUCGUCGAGUGAGCGUUUCGUGUUUUACGCAAGCGUGACGUCAUCAUACGUCACUGGUUUGGGCGCUGUGACGUCACAUGGGGUGUCAUGUCUCAAUAUAUCGUCCAUCA